GCCGCUCUCGCCUCCCCGGGCCGCGGCGGGCCCGCUGCCGCCCUCCCCCGGCGCCGCGGCGGGCGGGAGGAUGGAACAGGGGCUGUCCGCCAUCACCCUCUACUGCGCGCCCGCGGCCGGCGCCAUGGAGCCCGAGCAGCAACUUUCAAAGGGAGAGAGUGGCUUUGAGAAUGUGGAACUGGGUGUCAUAGGAAAGAAAAAGAAAAUCCCAAGGAGGGUUAUUCAUUUUGCAAGUGGAGAAACAAUGGAAGAAUAUAGCACAGAUGAAGAUGAAGAUGAACAAGAGAAAAAAGAUCUGUUGCCACCUGUGGAUCCUACAACACUCACAUGGGGACCCUACUUGUGGUUUCACAUGCUGCGAGUUGCCACAUCAACCUUAUCAGUGUGUGAUUUCCUGGGGGAAAAGAUCGCAUCUGUUCUGGGAAUAAGCACACCAAAAUACCAAUAUGCCAUUGAUGAGUAUUACAGAAUGAAGAGAGAGGAGGAAGAGGAGGAACAGGAAAACAAGAUGUCAGAAGAAGCAGAAAGACAGCAUCAGGAACAGCAGAACAAGCCACAAGCUGAAGCUCCUGUCCAGACAGACCAGCCUGGAGCAACAGCAUGCUCUUCAUUUGAGAAUGUAAACUUUGAAAAUGAGGGAGAUUGCCCGCCCAUUGCAGAAAAUAAACAAGAUGUAGUUCCUGUCCCUCCUUAAGCGUAAAGCUCUGUAUAAUGUAGGAAAUAAGAACUGUCAGGUGUCACAAUCUGCCUAUAAACAGGAAAAAUAGGAUUAUGCUUGUUCAGUGAAAUACAACUCUUAUCAUUCUUAUUGAUCAGGAGAGAGCUAGGUGAUGUGUGUUCAGUCUGUCUGUCUAAUAAAGGAUGAGGCAUUCUGCCAAAUUGGCAUUUCAGUUAAAAGGAAAAUUGCACUACAAACAUUUGGUCUGAAAUUGAAUGUGUGAGCUAAUUUCUGUGUAAAGCAAGUAGAAAUGUCUUUUCUUGGAAUUGCUGUGUCUCUAACACCUGUGGUAUGCAGAGGCAGUGCUGUUUACUACUUCUAAAAACCUGAUUUGCACACUGUUUGCAACUCGGCUCUCUAUGAAUCGAUUAAUAGGAAUUAAUAUCCUGUAACUCAAAAGUAAUUAUAAUAGAGUCUUAUGCCCCCUAUUUAUUGUCACUGUUGUAUGCAUGUAUUUUUUUUUUCUGUUGUUAACAUAAGAGAAAAAUGUUAGAUUUAAUGUUAAUUAGAAUAAAGGGUCCACUGAUUUUUUUUUUCCCACAUAAAAAUACCCCAACUUUCCAGAAGGCUAUAAGCACCUGUAAGAACUUACUAACAAGUACCAGCACUCUUGGAGGCUAAUAGUGCUCAGCUGCUCCGUUCAGUGCUGUAGCAAAGUUCAGAACUAACGUCAGUGUAGGCUGUUCUCACUCCAAGCUCAAGAAUUAAGAGACCCAUGUGCCUGAAUGCAUGCUCUCAGUGGUCCUGGGAAAGAAACUGAAGUCUUGCAAAAUUAUACUAAGUGCAUUGGACACUCUAUGUAGUACGGUCUAGAACUCUGAACCUUUUUGGACAUGGAUUACCCAAGCCUGUGUACUUGAGUAACCUAAACCAAGCAUGUGUUGAAUGUUAAAUUACCAGUAUGGGAUGUUCUACUGCAGAUGGUUUGCAUCCUGUUAGCACAGAAUACAUAAAGAGCUAGGAACAACAAAACCAAACUUAGGACUCUUUCCUUCUCUAAAAUAAUGUGAUGCGAUACUGCACUGGCAACAACAGAAAUUUUUAUUUUUGUCUAAAUGAAGUGCAGGAAGCUCCACAUCUAAUACCAAUUAAGGCUAUUUUACUGCUAUGACUGUAGUACCUAUAGCUUGUAAAAGGUGAAUGGUUUACUUUUGAACAAUCAGCUGUCAUUGCCCCAGUCACUUUCUAUGGACAAUUGUUGUAGGUAUAGGAGCAGAGAACCUGCACCAGUUACUACAUAGAACUUUACUUCUGUCCUUGAGAUUUCUAAAAAAAAAAAAAAAAAGAGUUGAAAAUAGUCCUCAGUGAAAUUGGGCUGUUGGGUAUCAUGAUGUGUCCCUGGCCUUGCUCCCACUGCCAACUAAGGAACCUGAUGUAACACCACAGGUAACUUGGCUCUUGGUGUCAGCAAUUAACUAUGUAUUUCAGAUGACCCUCUGCCUGAACUAAUAUCCUGUACAGCACAAACUCUUCCUCUCAUAUGUCUGUAGCUCUCCAGCACUACAGAAAAUCUAAGGGGGAGGAUUCAAUCAUGCACUUUAGAGUCCAUCUCUUUUGGUACUCCAUUCUUUGCCUUUUCUGAAUUGUAAGACAGAGAGUGCUGACCACAGUGUAAAAUCACUCCUUAGCCCUGAACAUCUGUAAGGGAGAACACCUGGGGAAUACACAGAAAACCAGCUUGUUAGGAGUUCUUAUAUCAUCAAAGAAAAAAAAUCUCUGAAAGCUUGAAUAAUACCUUGACAGCUGAAGGAUAUCUUGCUUUUCUUCCAAAUUAAUGUCAAUUAUUUUUCUUACCUCCAUUCCCUACUAUUCAUUGCAUAACAAAUGCUCUCACUGCCUUUGUAUAAAAUACUGUAUUACUCACUGUGCCUUAACUUAAUCCUUCCUUUUUUUCAAGCUGUAUGAAAGUGGUUACUUUCAUAUUGGUUUAAUUUUUCUGUAAAUGCAUUAAUUGGUUAUUUUAUAUUUAAUAUAAUUUUUGAACUGGAAGUUGGCUAUGGAUUUUCCUUUAAAACUGUGUAGUCUUUGAAACUUUAUGCCUGUACGCAGGUGCAUGUGCCUGUUUACUGUUUUCAUCUUUACCCAGUCAUAGAUCCUGGUUGAAUAUUCAGGCACCAGAAUUCAAAAUAUCAUUUUACCCCCACCCCUUCCUUAGACUGUCAUGUAGUACUCUGUGUUCAGCACUACCUCAAGCUAAUAAAUAAUGCAGGAUUGCAAACA